UUGAGCCAUCUUUUUAAACAGAAAGCUGAAGCAGCUGUCACUGGUCCAAUCUUCUUCUUCCUUCCAGAAAAGGAAGGUAGAAGGGAAAAGAUAAGGAAACUGACUCUCGCCUGCCCAAGGUCACCCAGCCACUCACACGGGAGCCAGGGAGCCAGGACCACACUGGCUGUCCCCGUGGGACUCAGUACAGAGCCUGCCGCUGAAGCAGGACAGCUGGCCUGGCUCCCUCCCACUACGAACCCCUCAGACCCUCACCUCUAGCCGGGAAAGGGGCUUCUAGGUCCUUUCAAAAAACAACAACAACAACCCACCCCACUCCUCUUGGGCUUUUCUGCAGCUGCUGGAGAGAGAAAUGCAGAAUGAAUGGACUUCUGGUUUCUGAAGGAGGCGAGGGAAGAAAGGUUGAAAACUAACUCAGCCAGAAACUGCUGUGUUUGGGAUUUUUCUUUUCUUCCCCUUCAUCUUCAACACAAACCCAUCUCUUCCCUGGGCAUCGAGACAUGGGCUCCUCUUGCCUUGCCCGGCAGAAAGACAGCUGGAAUUGGGCUCCCUGAGACAGGAGGGCUGCUCAUCAUUUUCUGGCCGUACAUUGUAAAUGAAGUAAUACACGCAGAAUAACAGACCAUUGUGUGCUGAGCAAGUGUGAAAUGCAUAGGCUGUGAUUCAACUCUUCGCUGCCUGCUGGAAUCCACUGGCUCUGAAACUGAGACAACUUUUAUUUCCAUUCAGUCUCUGAGUUUUCCUCUUGAUUGGAGUGCAUCUUGGAAUGACGACUUCCGCAAUAUCCAUGCCUUCCCGAGACAGGGGCCUGCAUGCCGGACACCAUCCCUUCCGCCCCUGCAGCCCCUUGAGUCCCUUCUUGUCGGGCCCCGUGGAGCCGCCGUCCAUCAAGGGCAUUUACUACCGCAGGGCCCGGAAGGUGGGCGCGCUGGACGCCUCCCGGACGGCGGACCUGAAGAAGGAGAUGCUGGUCAACGUGGGGGGCCGGCGGUACCUGCUUCCGUGGAGCACGCUGGACGAGUUCCCGCUGAGCCGCCUGAGCAAACUCCGCUUCUGCCGGAGCCACGAGGAGAUCGCGCAGCUCUGCGACGACUACGACGAGGACAACCAGGAGUUCUUCUUCGACCGGAGCCCCAGCGCUUUCGGGGUGAUUGUGAGCUUCCUGGCGGCCGGCAAGCUGGUCCUCCUGCGGGAGAUGUGCGUGCUGUCCUUUCAGGAGGAGCUGACCUACUGGGGCAUCGCAGAAGCCAGCCUGGAGAAGUGCUGCCUACGGACGCUGCUGCGGAAGCGGGCCGAGCUGGCCGAGCUGCGCCGCGAGGAGGCCCUGCAGCGGCAGCGGGAGGCCGGGCGGCCCGCCGUGCACGCGUCCCGCUGGGGGCUCUUCAGGAGCCGGCUGCGCGAGACGGUGGAGAACCCGCAGUCUGGGCUCCCCGGGAAGGUCUUCGCUUGUCUGUCCAUCCUCUUCGUGGCCACCACGGCGGUCAGCCUGUGCGUCAGCACCAUGCCCGACCUGAGGGCGGAGGAGGACAAGGGGGAGUGCUCACAGAAAUGCUACUACAUUUUCAUCGUGGAGACCGUCUGCGUGGCCUGGUUUUCCCUCGAGUUCUGCCUCCGGUUUGUCCAGGCCCAGAACAAGUGCCAGUUCUUCCAAGGGCCCCUGAACAUCAUAGACAUCCUGGCCAUCUUCCCUUACUACGUGUCCCUCGCGGUGUCCGACGAGCCCCAGGAGGAUGGGGAGCGGCCGGGCGGGAGCUCGUACCUGGAGAAGGUGGGGCUGGCACUGCGCGUGCUGCGGGCCCUCCGCAUCCUCUACGUGAUGCGCCUGGCGCGCCACUCGCUGGGGCUGCAGACGCUGGGCCUCACGGUGCGCCGCUGCACGCGAGAGUUCGGCCUGCUUCUCCUCUUCCUGUGCGUGGCCAUCACCCUCUUCUCCCCUCUGGUCUACGUGGCUGAGAAUGAGUCUGGGCAGGUCCUGGAGUUCACUAGCAUCCCGGCCUCCUAUUGGUGGGCCGUCAUCUCCAUGACAACGGUGGGCUACGGAGACAUGGUACCCAGCAGCGUGCCGGGCCAGAUGGUGGCCCUCAGCAGCAUCCUGAGCGGCAUCCUCAUCAUGGCCUUCCCAGCCACGUCCAUCUUCCACACCUUCUCGCACUCCUACCUGGAGCUCAAGAAGGAGCAGGAGGAGCUGCAGGCCCGCCUCCGCCGCCUGCAGAACGCAGCCACGGCCGGCGAACACGAACUCCUGAAGGACGUCAGUGACCUGAGCCUGGAGGGCCCUGCCUUGCCCAUCGCAUACAUUUAACUCAAAAUCCUCCCCCGAAGAUGCUAGACCUUCAGCGCAUGGCCCUCGGCUGACAUGAGCUGGAGAACACCAGCGCCUGGAUCCUCCAGGAGUGUGUUUGUAGAGCUUGGGGGCGCAUUCCCAAAGCUGGGAGGGGCUUGAGGCCAAGGAUGUUUGGUCGGGUGAUUCUUGACCCUCCCGGGCACAGUGGUCCGGGCCGGCCUUAUCCAUGUCACUUGCCAUUUCCUCUCUCCCUGCCCCUCGCUGAGCACAUCCAAUUUCGCUGGGUUAGCUCUAUCUCCCUUCCUUCCCAGCAGAGUCUUCAACAUCCCAGGCUGGGUUCCAGACGCCCACAGAACUGAACCUACAGAAUUCCAUUCCUCCCCUAAGACCCUCUUUCCUGGACCAACCCACCGCCAGGAACUGGAGGGGUCAGUCACUGCAAACCCCUCUGAUCAGAUCUCUCUGCCCAGCCCUAUCGGGGGUUCCAGCCUGGGUCAGUGUACCCUCCCGUUGCUCACACCACCCAUGGCAUUUUCCUAAUGCAGCUGCCCCUGCCCAGCUCUGGAAGCCCUUAGCCAAGAAGGCAGAACUGCAUCUGUGUUAAAUCCCACGCUGGGGACUGGGGGCCCACCAUCCCUCCUGACCUGCCUGGGACCUGGGCAGAAGCGCCACUUGCCGGCACAGCAAGCCCUCCUGGGCUCUUGGUGGGACCUUCUCCAAUCAUCCAGUCCUUGGCCUUGACAGAGGCUAACUCAGAGCACCCAACUGUCCCUUGAGAGAACCAUUCCUGCUGCUGGUUCCUUUAGUCCUUUGGGGACCUCAGCUUUCCACUCUCAGCAAAAUUGCCAGAGACGCAGCAUAGAAAUGAAGGCAGCCUUAGGAUCCACACCCCCCCUCCUGCUCCCCAGAUCCCUUGAUGCCAGAGAAUAAGACCUUCUUUGGCCGAUAUUUAAACGAAUUCAUUCACUUAGGGUUAGGGUUCAUUCAGUAACAUGCCUGGCCCUUUGCAUCCAGCAUAGGAGGCAGAGGUUGGACCAAGUCACUGGAGAGAGCAGUGCAUCCUGAGCAGAGGGGAAGAAGCAGUGAGUUCUGGGCAGUCGGCUCAUGGAGGGCUUCACAGAGACACAGGAGAGGGUGGAUGCAAAGGGUUGUUUUGGAAGACAAAGCUGGAAAGGUGGGCCGGAAUGAGAUGCUGUGUAGAGGACUUGGACAUUUCAGUAGAUGCAGAUGAGACAUAUGCUGGAGGAAGGGGCAAUGUGAAUGGACUGCAGUGUGGAUGAAGAUGAUGGGAUGGGCCGCUGGAGGACCAGUUUGGAACAGGGAACAAUUGAGCAGUUUGGGCAAGCUACAAGCACCUACCUCCUCCACGUCAUUAAUUGUACAGGUGGUGCCAGGUCCUGGAGUCUCAUCUUUUGUUUCCCAGCUGAGCACACCUGGGUGAGGCCAGUGACCUCCCACCAGUGGCUCCGCUGUGCACUGCUACAUGCCAUGGGCUGUAAAUCUGCUAAGAAAGAGCACAAGGUUGCAAAUGGAUGAUGGAGAGGAGGUUGUGGACCUCUGGAUCUAAUAUAGUUCAUGUGUAAGCGUUUCAUCGAUGGGGACAACCAACCUUUAUUUCACUAGUGUUUAGUGCAGGCCUACUAUGUACUGGGCAUACACUUCCCCCUGACCACAAUGCCAGGGUCAGUUUAACCACAGGUGGCUUGGGCAGGGGGCCAUCUACACCAGCAUCUAGCUUCAAGCUGGCCUUGACCUCGUGGGGAGCCCUCACUCCCUUUGACUGCUCCGAGUGCCAUCUCAGCUGAUGGGCAUACAUGUCUCCCCAUUCCUCUAGCCCCCCAAGAAUCAUCAGGGCACCCCCCUAGUCCUUCCCAA